GUUGAACAUAUUAGGCUAAAGAAUAUUUGAUGUUCUAAGUCGAGCCUAACCUUACUUCAGAAUGUCAAAAUUGUUUACUUGGAUUCCUUAAUUAUAAUAAGAAGGGGCGAAACAGAAAGUUAAAGUUAUUAGUAAAAUUCAGAAGCUAAAUGUCUUGGACAAGGGGAGAGAAAAGAGACCUUCUAGUGGCCCUAGAGAAUUAUGGACCCACUAAUUUGGAAGAGAUACAGAAGUACCUUCCUGCAAAAUCUGUAUUAGAAAUAAGACACAAAAUUAGAGAAUACAAAGCAUUGGCCCAGACCAACGCUCAGAAAUCAGAAACUGGCGAGGCUGAAGAGUCAGCUUUAGACAAGUGGAUAAAAUUAGUGAAAACAUCUCAGAGUUCUCAAAGCAUCGAUAAUUUGUAUUCGAGGAUAUUCAAGUACAUAUCAUUAUUUGAGAAUCAUGCUACUGGAACUUCAGUGAAUAUGAGAGAGUGCUACUUCAUCAUAUCAGAACUGAUGAAAGGAGAGAGUAUAAAGAAAUUGGACCCGUAUACAUCUGAUUUCCUCCACGAAUGUUUGACUGCAUUGGCUAACAAAAUUAAUAGUAGUGACAACACAAAGAUGAUUGAUUUCGUUAAGAGUUUAGAGGAUUUGGACCAUAUUGCUAGAGCCAAUUCUGUUAAAUCAUAUAGCAAGAAGACAAAUAUGUCAUUAAUCAACCCGCUGAGAGUGCCUGAAGCACUGUUGACAUUAAAGAAUGAUGGAGCAGGUCCAUCAGGUGUUUUAUCUACAUCCAGUGAAAUACAGACUGAAUUUCAUGAAAUUGAGGAUAUGGAACUAGAAUGAAAUUGUUGAAAUUAACUUAAUUUAAACUGUUUAUUAAUUUUGUUAUGAACAAUGUAUAUAUAAAUUUUAUUUUCCUUU